AUGAAGCUCAACAAGGUUCAAGUGGCCUUGUUGCAUCUGCUCUGCUCGUCGGAAAACGCGUCUGGGCAUAGCUCGCCUGAAAGACAACUCCUCAACGCACUCGGCCUUGAGGAGCCCCGGUACACAAUGUCUUCAGAACUCGCUGCGCUGGUGAUGGCGCACGUUUCAAACCCGGAGCCCGAUCUUUCAGCCCUCACCAGCUCCCCGCCUCAAAAACGAAAGCGCCCCGGGGAGACCUCACCAGACCUUCGCCGUUCCAAGCGAAACAACAUGGGCAGUCCUGAUCCCACGGAUGCAUACGUCAACAGCGCGAUGGACACUGCACAAGCUGCUGCUGCUGGCGUUAACGUCUCCGACUUUAAUGCUCUCCAGCAGGCCGCGGCUGGUAGUGACCACACUGACGCCGCUGACCCGGCCAACGCAUCUAGCACUGCUGCCGCCGCCCUGGUCUAUCCUACUAUCCAUGCCCCUCAACCAUCAGAAGAGAACUUUGCCGCCCAGGUCACCGGAGACCAUGAGGACCAACAUAACAUGGAGUUGGGCCCGUAUACGCAUGACGUAUCCCAAGCAGAUGGCCUGCCCAUGGAUCAUCAGGCACUAGCCAACGUUGCCGCCGCCCACCAGCCGCCAGAUCCUGGUAUGCGCCAGAUGGACGACAUACCAGGGGCUCGAUACUCGACAACACCGAAUCCAAAACCGGCUGUUGGUUCCGAGGAGUGGCACAAGAUGCGAAAGGACAACCAUAAAGAGGUGGAGCGACGCCGCCGUGAGACGAUCAAUGAGGGCAUCAACGAACUUGCAAAGAUAGUACCUGGCUGUGAGAAGAACAAGGGCUCCAUAUUGCAGAACGCUGUGCGUUACAUCACCAAGCUCAAGGAGGACGAGCAGCAAGCGGUGGAGAAAUGGACUCUGGAGAAGCUGCUCACGGAGCAAGCUAUCGCCGAGCUCAGCUCCUCGAACGACAAGCUCAAGAACGAGUGCGACCGUCUCUACCAGGAGCUUGAGAUGUGGAAGCGGGUCGCCCAAGGAGCGGGGUUGUCUCCCGAUGGCAACCAGAACGCGGAUGGCACGGAUCAGAGCAACGACCCGAAGCCAUAG